ACAAACAAAGACAGCCUUCAGGGUAGUUGCGCAGUGGUUUCACAGAUCAACAAAGUACUUGACAAUCAGCAGAACAAUUGGGAUUGAGAUCAACACCGGCAGGAGUGGACUUCCCAAACAUCUGCGGUCUUAAUUUACCUCUUUGAAAAUGCAAACCUCCCCGGAUGGCUUUGUUCAGUCGUGUGGAUUUAUGCCCUGCUGUCGGUGGUAGUACAAAGUCAAUUCUCAGUCUCACUUUGUCCUUUAAGGGAAGCCUCCAGGAGACUACAGGAUGAAAUGGACAGUUUUGCUGUUAGAAUACUUCUUGGUCAAAGUUCUGGUGCUGUUGUACAGCGCGGACGGGGAAGCGCAGCAGCUCGAGGGCUUUAUAAUGCUCUCUGGGUCCAAUGGGUCCCGGGAUGAGGAGAGCGUUUCUGAACCUCCACACACCGAGGACAAAUGUCGGGGUUACUAUGAUGUCAUGGGACAAUGGGACCCGCCGUUCGUUUGCCAAACAGGCAAUUAUUUAUACUGUUGCGGCACUUGUGGCUUCAGAUUUUGCUGCGCUUAUAAAAACUCUCGUUUGGAUCAGAGCACUUGUAAAAAUUACGACACACCAGUGUGGUUAACAGGACAGACACCGUAUAAGAAAACAUUAGACCCGAGACACGAUCCAACCAAGGAUAAAACAAACUUGAUUGUGUAUAUAAUAUGUGGAGUAGUGGCAAUCAUGGCACUGGUUGGGAUAUUUACCAAACUUGGACUAGAAAAGGCUCACAGACCUCAUAGGGAGAGCAUGUCUCGAGCUGUUGCGAGCGUCAUGCAAGGAGCCCGUCAGGGUCAACACGAGGAGGCCAUCGGAAUGCACACACAGCAUUAUGACACUGUGCAGGCCAGAGCAAACAACAUGCAAGCCGGCCAGAUAAACAACAUGAUGCAAACGCACCCGUAUCCAGCCCUCAGCCAGCUGUCCCAUGUCUAUGAGCAACAGCAAUCGGCAAAAGACCUCAACAAAUACGCCUCUCUGAAGGCUGUGGCCGCCAAAGCCAAUGGUGAUUUCCUCAACAAGCAGCAUCGCCACCUGGUCGAACUUGCGGCUAAAGGUAACCUGCCGCUUCAUCCAAUCCGAAUGGAGCACGUGGAGCCCACUGCGACUUACGUCACAGAGGUCCCAUGCAUCAAACAAAACGGACAGAAGCCCAAAAGCAUAAAAGCCAACGUUUCCCAUCCCGCGAUGGCCUACAGCUCCAAUACCAUCGCAAAUCCAGGCAUGGUGAGGAGCUGGGAGGCCGCAGAGACUGCAGGCCGACGCAAAACCUACAACCCCAGGAAGAUGUGCAUGGUGGAGCAGGUCAACGAGCUACACACUGCCCGCAGUCAUCACUACUUACCCACGCAACCCUACUUUGUAACCAACAGUAAGACUGAAGUGACUGUUUAAGAAGCAGCUGAGAGCGGGAAGUGAAAUCCUGUCACGAAAGGACUCUCCACACUGCCCCUAGUGGACUGGAGGAACAUCAGGGGUGAGCAUGUCAUGCCCUCUCGAUAACAUGAGGGACACUCAAAGCGUUCGCCACUAUUUAUAUCCACUGUAACAAUGAUGUGUUUGUGUUCCGUCAAUGAAAAGGUUACAGAAAACUGAUGUAAAGAAUUGGCACUGGAAAAAGAUUCAGAUCAAUAGCAAUAAGAUCUAAGAGAACGGCUACGGUUAGAAUGAGACAUUACAGAAAUGAAACAUACCGCAUUAUUGAUUCCUAGUUAUUAAAGGGCUGGCGUGGAGUAUAAAACACAGGGUGAUGCUCUUAUGUGAAAUAAAAUACAGAAAA